UGCAAGUGCAAGGUACACACUACACCGUCAUCGCAUUGUUUAGUCACAUCUGCACUUGAUGACAAAGCAAUCUAUGCCGUGGGCUCACAUCAUCUGGGAGUUCUAUUUCAUCCACACACUGGUAUAUCGGUUGCUUGCUUUGGUCUGACACUGAUUAGAAAACGUGAUUGAUUAUCAGCAAAUCAAAAUGAGGGGGCACUGCUCAUGCACAGAACUCAAAUAGUUGAGUAACCAUGAUGCUACUUUUACACACUCAUUCUCGAGCUGGAGUGUGCUGGAGGCCUUCUCCAUGUUUGGGCCACAUCAACAGAGAACUCUGCUCGUGGUCGGCCUCUUCCAAAAUACGCAUUUGAGAACAAAACCGAUUUCUCUCAAGAGCAGGAAGAACGAAAUACAAAUUAAAGAAUAUAGAGAGACGACAGCGAUCCUUACUUCUUCAACUAUGUUAAGAUCUUCAUUAAAUUUAAGGUGUUUUUUACAGGGCCAACUAUUGAGGAAUAGAUACUAUUAUAAUUAUAAUUCUCUUAUUUCAUGCUCUGCACUAGAAGUUUUGGCAGGAGAUGAGGCAAGUAAUCAGAGAUCUCUUGAUGAUUGGGGUUCACAUGACAUUACAUUUAAGGUUUCUCAGAAUUCUCUAAGACUUGAGCAAUAUAACUGCAGUAGAAGAGAGCGGCAUGAAAACAACUUGAAAUCUGAGAGGGUCAUUAAGGAUAAUGAAAUUGAGUUUGCUACACAUGAAGUACCGAUCGUUGAUAGAAGUUUCAUGCAAACAGUCCACCUUCAAGAAUUCUUGAAGGGUUUCUUGGUCGGACUUUUUGCAUGUUCUAUAACUAUGUCUCUGUCAAUGAGAAUGGUUUUAUUAAAGGAAGCCAAAAUAUGUAUUAGAAAAGCUGCAUUUGUCUUUUCAUGUAUGUUGAAAGUCUUGAGAUCAGAACAACCUUGUCUUGCAAGUAUUUUUGGGGUGUCUACAUUGACCAGCCAACCUCUACCUCUAAGACUUGAUGGGGUGCCUUCGAUAUUCCCAAAAAAUAGCUGGAACAUGUCAAGGUUUUUGUAUACGUUGGAUUUGUUGCUUGAGCGCAAUUCAACUUGGUAUUAUCUAUUAUUGUUUAUUGCAUGCUGUAUUCUUGUUAUUAUUGGAGGAUUUAUGUUCUAUAAAAUCAGGAAAAAUGAGAAAGCCUUGACAGAUUGCUUUUGGGAGUCAUGGGCAUGUGUUUGUUCAUCUGCUACUCACCUUAGGGAACAAACAUUUCAAGAGCGUACUGUUGGGAUGUCAUUGGCAGUUGGCGGUAUGCUAUUUUAUUCUCUUCUUACUAGCACAAUGACAGCAGGUUUUGGGAGUUACAUGAGUCGACUUAAGGAAGGAGCACAUUUUGAAAUAAUGGAGUCUAAACAUAUUGUCAUAUGUGGAGUAAAUAGUCACCUUACAACGGUACUCAAGCAAGUGAACAAAUCUCAAGAAUUUUCAAAUAAGUCUGGUAUUGAUCAAUUAAGGAGGCAAAGAGUUUUGAUUUUGUCAGAGCAAGUAAAAAAGGAUGUUGAAAAGCUAGUAGGACAUGCAACCAAAGGCUGCCAAUAUAUUGAUGUUCUCACACGGAGUGGAAGCCUUAGCAAUGCCGAAUCAUUUCGGAAAGCAGCUGUUGAUAGAGCACGUUCAGUCAUUAUUCUCGCUAGCAAAGAUGAUGGGUAUGAAGCUGAUGCAGAUGCAGUUCUCUCUGUUUUAGCACUGCACCCUCUUCUUGGGAAGUCCUCUGGGACAGUUGUUGUUGAGGUGUCAAAUGAUAAUACCGGUAACCUCUUGAAAUCACUAUGUGGUCCAAAGGUUGAACCAGUGAAGAAUCUUGCAUCAAAGUUAUUUGUCCAAUGUUCUCGCCAAAAAGGACUGGUUAAAGUGUAUCACAAAUUACUUGACCCUGCAAGGCAUGAUUUCAAUUUAUAUAACUAUCCUAGUCUUGCUGGCCUAUCUUAUGAGAAAGUGCGACGUGGAUUUCCAGAGGCUGUUGUAUGUGGGCUUUACCGAUCAGGCAAAAUGUAUUUUCACCCAAGGGAUAGUGUUCUUCUUGAAGAAACAGAUAAGUUGCUUAUUAUUGCUCCACCAAAAUCCCAUAAGAAAAUUCAACCUGGCUUGACAGCUGAUGAAAAAGCAACAUAUUUUGGCACACAAGUCAUGGAUAUGCCAACCAGUGAUUCAUUGUCUCUUUCUUCUAGGACUGAUUUAGUGUCAUCAAAGCGGUUUGAAAGUGUAGUAAAACGUCCUGAGAAACCAGGAUCAAAGGCGGGUAAUGGAGUUUUAGGCCCAAAAGAGCGUAUACUUAUGCUGGGAUGGCGUACAGGUGUAAAUGAGAUGAUCGUAGAGUAUGAUAGCUAUGUUGGACCUGAUAGUGAAUUGAUAAUACUGGCAGAGGCUCCAAUUGAGGAGAGAAAACAUUUAGUGAAUGGAAUAAUUAAAGAGAAAUUGAAGAAUGUUGAUGUCACUCAUAGGGUUGGAAACCCUAACAACUACUCAGACCUAAUGAAUGCUAUACAAGAGAUAGACAUGGGCUCCAAGAAGGAAGAUAAGUUACCUUUGUCAAUAGUAGUGGUCUCAGACAGAAGUUGGCAUAUAGGAGAUCCAUCUAAGGCUGACAAGCAAUCAGUUUUUGCUCUUCUUAUGGCAGAAAAUAUUUGCAAAGAAAAUAAUGUUCAGGUUGCUAAUCUUGUAGCAGAGUUUCUUGAAACAAAACUCGGAAAACAAAUAUGCAAUACAAAACCAAACCUGACAAUUAUUGGGACAGACGAAUUGAUGGGCCAUGUGACAGCCCAAGUGGCAGUGCACAAUGAAAUGAAUGAGAUUUGGACAGAGCUUCUGAACUCUUGGGGUAGUGAGAUAUAUGUUAAGGAUAUUAGUUUUUACUUGAAGAAGGGAGAGAAUCCUUCAUUUUAUGAGCUCUCUGAGAGAGCUAUCUUGCGUGGUGAAGUUGCUAUUGGUUAUAGAUUAUCCAACAAGACGAUUAUUAACCCAUAUAACAAAUAUGAAUCGCUGAGCUUUGAUGAUGGAGACUCUCUUGUUGUCAUAUCAGAAUUUGAUUAUGGAAAAGAAUAUACUUUUCAACAGUAGAGAACAGUUCUGAUCUCUUGAUUCCAUAAGGUAAUCCCAGUAAAUUUACACCUGUAUGACAGUAUGCAACUCAAGUCUGUGAAUGCUGACUGAACUUAUGCAUAUCUUCUGCCAUGGUAAUUGACAUUGACAGUGAGAUCUUUUCUCAUGACUGGUUAUUAACCGAAAUAACAAAUUUAAGGCAUUGAACUUUGGUGAUGGAGACUCUAUGGUUGUCACAUCAGUAUUUGAUUAUGUAAAAUAGCAUACUUCUCAAAAGUGGAAAACAGUUCUGAAUCCUGAUCUCUUAAUCCCAUAAUGUAAUCUAGGAAAAUUUACCUACCAGUAUCCAACUUGUAUCAUUUUUAUAGAAAGGACAGUGGUUUUCCAAUCCUCUUGCCUUGUGGUUGUGAUUAUUGAGAUGACUUCUUAAUUACAAGCUAUUGACAUAAAUGGUACAUAUCCCUGAGUGGGAUGUCAUUGAACAUAAAUAUAUCCUUGCUUUGUCUCUACUUGUCUGAGUGUGCAAGGCAUAUACAUUAGGAUAAUGUGGAUGAAUGCCAUGGUGUAUAAGCUAUUUCAUAUUUGAUGAAGGAUUCUAUUUCAACUA